UGCAGGAAUACUCCUUUCCACCCCAGCCAUCUGGCCUUCAAGACCACUUGUGGGAAGGGGCCCAUUGCAAAGAAAGGGCAUCCCCUCUCUAUUUAUCUCCAAACUCCUCCUCUCUUCCUGAGUGGGGGACACAUCACCAUGUCUGAGAGAGGAGGUGCAUAGCCCUCCUCGCCCUAUCUCCUGUGACACUUUCGGUUGAGAGCCCUGCUUGUCUCCAGUUCCUACCUAGCCUGGUGGGGAAGCAUUUGGAGGUUGUGCUGGUGUGGGGCUGUGGAAAGCUCCCAGGUUCUCCCCGCCUCAACUUCUCAUGUUCUGGCUUCUAGGAGAACAACCUUCCCUAGGUUGCCCUGUGAUUGCUUCUCCUAUCCUGCACUAGCCAGGAGAAAGCAGGAUUGGAGUCAAUUUGCUUCCCUUUUUGGUCGGAGCCUUCUAGAAGAGUGGUGGACUAUCAGGGCUCUAGGAGGAAUUUUAUGGCAGUCACUCCCAUCCCCAGGCCUACCUGGAGCUGCUAGCUCUCUGCUUCAAAACAGACAGCUCUAGAGCCAGAGGAGCAAGAAUGGGGAUUCCCUCUACACAUGCUUCUAAUGCAUUUCUGGGGCACAAAGGCCACACCCUCACCAGCCAGACCUGGCAGGUGACAGCAUGCAGCUUCUUCUGAAUUACCUGGAUAUCUGAGGUUUCCAAGCAAAGACAGGAAUAACGAAGGCUGUGUGCUAGCUGCAUCCUUUUGAACCACCCGGGAAGGAAAUCCAGAGUGUGGUCAGACAAUUGCAGCACUCGGAGUAAAUGAGGAAUGGACUCGUGAUUAUGCUGAGAUUCCAGAAUGAAUCUGGUCGACCUGUGGCUAUCCCGUUCCCUCUCCAUGUGUCUUCUCCUCCAAAGCUUUGUUCUGAUGAUACUGUGCUUUCAUUCUGCCAGUAUGUGUCCCAAAGGCUGCCUUUGUUCUUCCUCUGGGGGUUUAAAUGUCACCUGUAGCAAUGCAAAUCUCAAGGAAAUACCCAGAGAUCUCCCUCCAGAAACAGUUUUGCUCUACCUGGACUCCAAUCAGAUCACAUCCAUCCCUAAUGAGAUUUUUAAGGACCUCCAUCAACUGAGAGUUCUCAACCUGUCCAAAAACGGCAUUGAGUUCAUCGAUGAGCAUGCAUUCAAAGGAGUAGCAGAAACCUUGCAGACCCUGGACCUGUCUGACAACAGGAUUCAAAGCGUGCAUAAAAAUGCCUUCAAUAAUCUGAAGGCUAGGGCCAGAAUUGCCAACAACCCCUGGCAUUGUGACUGCACUCUCCAGCAAGUUCUGAGGAGCAUGGCAUCCAAUCAUGAGACAGCACACAAUGUAAUUUGCAAGACCUCAGUGUUGGAUGAGCAUGCUGGGAGGCCGUUCCUCAACUCUGCCAAUGAUGCUGACCUUUGUAACCUCCCUAAAAAGACUACUGACUACGCCAUGCUCGUCACCAUGUUUGGCUGGUUCACCAUGGUGAUCUCUUAUGUGGUGUAUUAUGUGAGGCAGAAUCAGGAGGAUGCUCGGAGACACCUUGAAUACUUGAAAUCCCUGCCAAGCAGGCAAAAGAAGGCAGAUGAGCCUGAUGACAUUAGCACUGUGGUAUAAUGACCACACUGACUGGCACUGGGAAAGGAGCUUCUGGUUGUAGUAGGAUAAGUGGUUCACUUUCCCCUCCAUUGUACACGUUUAAAACUUUGUAUUUUAAUUUCUUUGGAAUCACGCCACUGUUGAAAUUUUCACAAACACCACAACACUAAUAAUUUUAGUUUAGGUGAUCUUCUCCCAUUCGUUGUGUCCCUGGCUCCUGAGUAACAAACUCUCUGAACAUUAGUUAGACCCAUCUCACUAUUUAAUAAUGAAAUUUAUUUUUUUAAUUUAAAACUGAAUAAAAGCUUAACUUUGAA